AUCUCCUCCAUACGUCUAGUUAUUGCCGGGACGUGUGUUCGUACCCCUGAAUUCCCACAAUGAGGCCCAAUGUCCUCUAUUUGGUUGCGAUUCUGAGCACACAAGCAGCAGCAAUUGAGGCCACCUCAAAUGACGAUACACGCCCAUCAAUAUGGUGCACGGCAGCUUUUCUUUACCCAGGUCAAGACCGCCUGGGUAACAACGCCCUGAAGAACGUCUUUCACGGUUAUUGUGGUCUGAAAGGUUACGAAGUUUCUACCGACAUUGACCUCAACCAAUGUUUGGAAAAUAGGAAUGGGCAGAUUCGGUGGAAGGAGAAUGGAAACGGAAUCAGUAACUGCGAAUGCAGAAGCAAGAGGAACACCCCUUUUGUGAUUGAGUGUCAAUGCCCGGAUGACAGGGGCAACAAGAAGAUAUCAAGCGUUAACCUCAAUGAGCAACUGAAAUACGAAAACGGCACCUUCAAAUGCUUUGGCGCAUUGGGAAAUACUGAGGAUGUGUCUUAUCGAUUACCUGGAAAAUCAGGUGAGGGUGGGGGUGAGAGAUUGGAACUGGAAUCGAAUUUGAUACUUAAGAGAGGGUGAAGUUGAUGGCUUGAGGAUGUGACUAGAUGUGCCUAUGAAGACAGGAGUCAUUGUACCCGAGGGAGACUGAUGGUCUGGAGGUCUGGGGAUGUGAGGUUCGCAGAUACAUUUGGGAUUGUGGUAUGUGCUGUGGUUUCGAGUAAAAGAGUCCAAGGUGGCUUGCUUUGGCUGGGCAAGGCUGUUACUAGACUGUGAGAGGGAUUACAGAAUUUGAAAACACAUCGGCGAUCACUUGGGGGGUUCUCCCUUUGGAUACUGCCUGGAACCAUGCUUCGAUGUAUAAUGAAUAGGUAUCCAUCUCGGUUAGUCAAUCAUCUUUCCUAUCUGCCAUCCUCUUU